CGGCCGCGCGGGGCCUGUGGGAAGCGGAGUGACGGAGCGAGCGGCUGUUGGAGGAAGGAGGUGGGGGCCGGGAGCGCAAAUGGCGUUGAGAUGGUUCAGGGCCCUGUUCAAACUCUAGCGCUGACCAUUCACCGACGGAAGCGGCGGCGCAGGAGGCGGCGGCGGCCCAUCGGGGGCACGUAGCGGGCUCUGGUACCAGCUCCGGCGGCGGCGGCGGCAGCCAGGGAGGCCUAGGCCUGGGCCCGGCCGGCGGCGCUCGAGGUGGGGAGGGAAGUUGCGGUGCCGCCGCUCCUCCCCCCCUCCACCGGGUUUCCUAUUUACCGAGAGCGGAGUCGCGGGUUCUGACGGUGGCGGAGCCCUUUGCUUCUCUUCGCUCACCAGCCGGCCCCGUUCUCCCGCGCGGGGCUCCGGCGCCCGCCCGUGGGCUGUUGGGAGCGGGAGAAGCGGAGGCGGCCCGAGGCUAAAGCACCCUCCAGGCGCCGAGGAGAAUAUGAAACAGGUGUCAAAAUGACAUCCAGAUUUGGGAAAACAUACAGUAGGAAAGGAGGAAAUGGCAGUUCAAAGUUUGAUGAAGUCUUUUCCAACAAACGGACCACCCUUAGCACAAAGUGGGGAGAGACCACAUUUAUGGCUAAAUUAGGACAGAAGAGGCCCAAUUUCAAACCGGAUAUCCAAGAAAUUCCGAAGAAACCUAAGAUGGAAGAAGAAGAUACUGGAGAUCCUUUUGGAUUUGACAGUGAUGAUGAGUCUCUACCAGUUUCUUCAAAGAAUUUAGCCCAGGGUAAAGGUUCCUCUUAUUCAGAAUCUAGUGAAGCUGCUCAGCUGGAAGACGUCACUUCUGUACUUGAAACUAAUAGCAAAAUUAGUCAUGUGAUGGGUGAAGACAGUGUUGUAUCUGAUAAAUGCUUACGUUUGGAGGAUACUUUGCUUGGGAAAGAAAAGAGCACAAACCGUGUCUUAGAUGAUGAUGCAAGCAGAAGUAGCUGUGCUAAAUUAAUGACUUCAGAUAAAGUGGAGAACUUUAGUGAAGAACAUGAAAAAAAUAGUCACCAUAUUUACAAAAAUGCUGAAGACAGUACUAAGAAACCCAAUGCAGAAACUACAGUGGCUUCUGGAUACAAAGCUGAUGAAAUCAAAGAAACAAAUGAUACUUGGAACUCCCAGCUUGGAAGAAGGUCAGAAUCUCCAUCAGAAACAUCUUCAAUCAAGGGAUCUGUAAGAACUGGUUUGUAUGAAUGGGAUAAUGACUUUGAAGAUAGCAGAUCAGAAGAUUGUAUUUUAAGUUUGGAUAGUGAUCCUCUUUUGGAGAUGAAGGAUGAGGAUUUUAAAAAUCGGUUGGAAAAUCUAAAUGAAGCCAUUGAAGAAGACAUCAUGCAAAGUGUUCUUAGGCCAAGCAACUGUAGGACGUAUUGUAGGGCCAAUAAAGCAAAAUCCUCACAAGGAGCAUCAAAUUUUGAUAAGCUAAUGGACGGCACCAGUCAGGCCUUAGCCAAAGCAAACAGUGAAUCAAGUAAAGAUGGCCUGAAUCAGGCAAAGAAAGGCAGUGUAAGUUGUGGGACCAGUUUUAGAGGGACGGUUGGACGGACUAGAGAUUAUACUGUUUUACAUCCAUCUUGCUUGUCAGUUUGUAAUGUUACCAUACAGGAUACUAUGGAACGCAGCAUGGAUGAGUUCACUGCAUCAACUCCUGCAGAUCUGGGAGAAGCUGGCCGGCUAAGAAAAAAAGCAGAUAUUGCAACGUCUAAGACCACUACUAGAUUUCGACCUAGUAAUACUAAAUCUAAAAAGGAUGUUAAACUUGAAUUUUUUGGUUUUGAAGAUCAUGAUGAGACAGGAGGUGAUGAAGGAGGUUCUGGGAGUUCUAAUUACAAAAUUAAGUAUUUUGGCUUUGAUGAUCUCAGUGAAAGUGAAGAUGAUGAAGAUGAUGACUGUCAAGUGGAAAGAAAGACAAACAAAAAAAGAUCUAAAACGGCUCCAUCACCCUCCUUGCAGCCUCCUCCAGAAAGCAGUGAUAAUUCCCAGGACAGUCAGUCUAGUACUAAUAAUGCAGAAAACUUGGAUUUUACAGAGGAUUUGCCUGGUGUGCCUGAAAGUGUGAAGAAGCCCCCAAAUAAACAAGGAGAUAAAUCAAAGGAAAAUACCAGAAAGAUUUUUAGUGGCCCCAAACGGUCUCCUACAAAAGCUGUAUAUAAUGCCAGGCAUUGGAACCAUCCAGAUUCAGAAGAACUACCUGGGCCACCAGUAGUAAAACCUCAGAGUGUCACAGUGAGGCUGUCUUCAAAGGAGCAAAAUCAAAAAGAUGAUGGAGUUUUUAAGGCUCCUGCACCACCACCCAAAGUGAUAAAAACUGUGACAAUACCUACUCAGCCCUACCAAGAUAUAGUUACUGCACUGAAAUGCAGAAAAGAAGACAAAGAAUUGUAUACUGUUGUUCAGCACGUGAAGCACUUCAAUGAUGUGGUGGAAUUUGGUGAAAAUCAGGAGUUCACUGAUGACAUUGAGUACUUGUUAAGUGGCUUAAAGAGCACUCAGCCUCUAAACACACGUUGCCUUAGUGUUAUUAGCUUGGCUACUAAAUGUGCCAUGCCCAGUUUUCGAAUGCACCUGAGAGCACAUGGAAUGGUAGCAAUGGUCUUUAAAACCUUGGAUGAUUCCCAGCAUCAUCAGAAUCUGUCCCUUUGUACAGCUGCCCUCAUGUACAUACUGAGUAGAGAUCGUUUGAACAUGGAUCUUGAUAGAGCUAGCCUAGAUCUAAUGAUUCGACUUCUAGAACUGGAACAAGAUGCUUCUUCAGCUAAGCUGCUGAAUGAAAAAGACAUGAACAAAAUAAAAGAAAAAAUUCGAAGGCUCUGUGAAACUGUACACAACAAGCACCUUGAUCUAGAAAAUAUAACGACUGGGCAUUUAGCUAUGGAGACAUUACUGUCCCUUACUUCUAAACGAGCCGGAGACUGGUUUAAAGAAGAACUACGGCUUUUGGGUGGUCUGGAUCAUAUUGUAGAUAAAGUGAAAGAAUGUGUGGAUCAUUUAAGUAAAGAUGAGGAUGAAGAGAAACUAGUAGCCUCAUUAUGGGGAGCAGAGAGAUGUUUACGAGUCUUAGAAAGCGUAACGGUGCAUAAUCCAGAGAAUCAAAGCUACUUGAUAGCAUAUAAAGAUUCACAACUCAUUGUUUCAUCAGCUAAAGCAUUACAACAUUGUGAAGAAUUGAUUAAGCAGUAUAACCGUGCUGAGAACAGUAUAUGCUUACCUGACAGUAAGCCUCUGCCUCACCAGAAUGUAACUAAUCAUGUGGGCAAAGCAGUGGAAGACUGCAUGAGGGCCAUCAUUGGGGUGUUGCUCAAUUUAACUAAUGAUAAUGAAUGGGGCAGCACCAAAACAGGAGAACAGGAUGGCUUGAUUGGCACAGCGAUGAACUGUGUGCUUCAGGUUCCAAAGUACCUACCUCAGGAGCAGAGAUUUGAUAUUCGAGUGCUGGGUUUAGGUCUACUGAUAAAUCUAGUGGAGUAUAGUGCUCGGAAUCGGCACUGUCUUGUCAACAUGGAAACAUCGUGUUCUUUUGAUUCUUCCUUCUGUAGUGGAGAAGGAGAUGAUAGUUUAAGGAUAGCUGGACAGGUUCACGCAGUUCAGGCGUUAGUGCAGCUAUUCCUUGAGCGAGAGCGAGCAGCACAGUUGGCAGAAAGUAAAACAGAUGAAUUGAUCAAAGAUGCUCCCACCACUCAGCAUGAUAAGAGUGGAGAGUGGCAAGAAACAAGUGGAGAAAUACAGUGGGUAUCAACUGAAAAGACUGAUGGUACAGAAGAGAAACAUAAGAAGGAGGAGGAUGAUGAAGAACUUGACCUCAAUAAAGCCCUUCAGCAUGCUGGCAAACACAUGGAGGAUUGCAUUGUGGCCUCAUACACAGCACUACUUCUCGGGUGUCUCUGCCAGGAGAGUCCAAUCAAUGUGACCACUGUGCGUGAGUAUCUGCCAGAAGGGGACUUUUCCAUAAUGACAGAGAUGCUCAAAAAAUUCCUGAGCUUCAUGAACCUUACUUGUGCUGUUGGAACCACAGGCCAGAAAUCUAUCUCUAGAGUGAUUGAAUACUUGGAACAUUGCUAGCUGCUUUACCUUUGCUUCAGGUGCUCGGUAAUGCUGGAGCUAUUCUUAGACAAAGAAAAGUCAUGAAAGAAGUCCUUGAAGAUAUACCAAGAACAUUCAUCAGUAUCAUUCAUAUGUGGAUUUUUAAGGCCACCUGAUUUCUUCUUCGUCAUGCAUUCUGCAUUUGCUAAAUGACAGUUACUACAUCAAUCUGCAACUAUCAAAAAUGAGGGAAAAGGUUCAGGCUGUUAACAGUUCCACACAGUAUUUAAACACACUUUGGCAGAAUUUAUACUCUCCCCUUGUUUUCUUGCUUUUAUUCUGGGCAAGUUUUAAGGGGAAAAUUUGUGCUGCUGUUAGUGCAACUGCUGUGUAUGUUGAGCCACUGUUGUCAUGCCAGCCAGGUGCAAAGGCAGCUUAGCUACUGAGGUAUCGAAUGUUCUGGGGACAUUCUAGACAACAGCUUAGUUCCUUUUUCAGGCUCAUUUGCUUUUGCUUUUUUGUUGAAUGAUUCCAAUCGUAAAUAAAGCUUUUAAUAAUUUUGUGAA